GCGGCCCGGCUCGGCCGCUGGGGCCCCACGCCAUGGCCCGAGCGUGCGGGGCGCGGCGCUGACGGCGACCGGCGCAGCGCGCAAUGCCCAGCAGGACGGGCCCCAAGAUGGACGGGAGCGGCGGCCGUGUCCGCCUAAAGGCGCACUACAGCGGGGACCUCCUCAUCACCAGCCUGGACUCUGCCACCACCUUCGACGAGCUCUGCGCAGAGGUGCGGGAGAUGUGCCGGCUGCACCCAGGCCACCCGCUCACCCUUAAGUGGGUGGACAGUGAAGGUGACCCCUGCACUGUGUCCUCCCAGAUGGAGCUGGAGGAGGCCUUCCGCCUGUCCUGUCAGCACAAGGACGAAGGGCUCACCCUUCACGUUUUCCCGAGCAUCCCCAAGGAGCCAGGCAUGCCCUGUCCCGGUGAAGACAAAUCCAUCUACCGCCGUGGAGCCAGAAGAUGGCGGAAGCUGUACCGCGCCAACGGCCACCUCUUCCAGGCCAAGCGCUUUAACAGGAGAGCGUACUGCGGCCAGUGCAGCGAGAGGAUAUGGGGCCUCGCGAGGCAGGGCUACAGGUGCAUCCACUGCAAACUACUGGUCCAUAAGCGCUGCUACGUGCUCGUCCCACUGACCUGCAGCAGGCAUAUGGAUUCCGUCAUGCCUUCCCAGGAGCCUGCAGUGGAUGACAAGAGCGAUGACGUGGACCUUCCCUCUGAGGAGAGUGAUGGAAUUGCUUAUAUUUCUUCAACCCGGAAACAUGACAACAUUAAAGAUGAUUCUGAGGACCUCAAACCAGUCAUCGACGGGAUGGACGGGAUCAAGAUAUCUCAGGGGCUUGGGCUGCAGGACUUCGACCUGAUCAGGGUCAUCGGGCGCGGGAGCUACGCCAAGGUCCUUCUGGUGCGGCUGAAGAAGAACGACCAGGUCUACGCCAUGAAGGUGGUAAAGAAGGAGCUGGUCCAUGACGAUGAGGAUAUUGACUGGGUACAGACAGAGAAGCACGUGUUUGAACAGGCAUCCAGCAACCCUUUCCUGGUCGGCUUACACUCCUGCUUCCAGACAACAAGUCGGUUGUUUCUGGUCAUCGAGUAUGUCAACGGGGGCGACCUCAUGUUCCACAUGCAGAGGCAGAGGAAGCUGCCCGAGGAGCAUGCCAGGUUCUAUGCUGCUGAGAUUUGUAUCGCACUCAACUUCCUACACGAAAGAGGGAUUAUCUACCGGGACCUGAAGCUGGACAAUGUCCUCCUUGACGCCGACGGCCACAUCAAGCUGACAGACUACGGCAUGUGCAAGGAAGGCCUGGGCCCCGGUGACACAACAAGCACUUUCUGCGGAACCCCGAACUACAUCGCCCCCGAAAUCCUGCGGGGAGAGGAGUAUGGGUUCAGUGUGGACUGGUGGGCACUGGGUGUGCUGAUGUUCGAGAUGAUGGCAGGCCGCUCCCCUUUCGACAUCAUCACCGACAACCCCGACAUGAACACUGAAGACUACCUUUUCCAAGUCAUCCUGGAGAAGCCCAUCCGGAUCCCCCGGUUCCUCUCUGUCAAGGCCUCCCACGUGUUGAAAGGAUUUUUAAACAAGGACCCCAAGGAGAGGCUCGGCUGCCGGCCGCAGACUGGAUUUUCCGAUAUCAAGUCUCACGCCUUCUUCCGCAGUAUAGACUGGGACCUGCUGGGGAAGAAGCAGGCCCUCCCGCCCUUCCAGCCGCAGAUCACGGAUGACUAUGGCCUGGACAACUUCGAUACGCAGUUCACCAGCGAGCCGGUGCAGCUGACCCCUGACGACGAGGACGUAAUCAAGAGGAUCGACCAGUCGGAGUUUGAAGGGUUCGAGUACAUCAACCCACUGCUGCUGUCCACCGAGGAGUCCGUGUGAGGCACCGCGCUCUCGUCAUGGACGCGUGGAUGGCGCUGGCCCUGGCCCUGGCCCUGACCCCUGCGCAUGCAUGCGGGGCCGGGCGUGGGUGGGUGCCCAGGGCAGAACAACCUCCCCGUGCGGCCCGCGGGCCUUAGGCCCAGAGGAACUUGCUUCUCACGCCCGCGCCGCGGGGGCCGCGGCGACCGUGUCCGAGGGAGAAACUGCCCCCAACUUCGAAGGUGCACACUUUCCACAGAAGCAGAACUGACCUGCUCCACCAGGAGUUGGCCUGUAAUGUCCCGAGGAAUAAAGUGUCCCUCUGA